UUGAAUAUAUUAAAACAAGGAGUGGUAAUCCAUGUUUAAGACUUUCAAACUAUUCUCUGUUUAUUCAGUGGAAGACCGUCUCUCUAUAAAACUGGGACACUCCCUGUUUUGCACUUUCAACACCCUUUUCCCCCAUUCACUCUCAUUGCCUGUCCCAUUAUUUUGACCAAUUUUUUAGUCUUAUUUACAAAAUUUAUCCCAUAUGCCAAUUAUUUUCCACCGUACAAGGUGUGAAUUUGUGGAAAACUGUUGGAAAACUGUGAAAAAUUCCGAGAAUCGCGACCUAAGGUUGGAAGGAAGCAUCCAAUACAGUCCGCUAAGCUAAAGAAUAAACAAGCCAAGACACUAAUCAAACGUAGGACACGAAAACAGGGGAAUGUUUCGAUACCAUUUAAUCUUUUGUACGAGUGAUUAAAGAAUAUAUGCUCUUUGAACCGACUAUUAACACUAUAAAUUAAUAGUUAGAAAAUCAAGUAUUUUCAUCAAAGCACCAGCAUUUGCAAAAACAUACACAAACCUCUCCUUUCCUUGACCUCAAGUAGAACAGAAAUAUGAGUGUAGAAAUUUUGGAUGGUGCGACCAUAGUAAACUUCCUUCAGGAUGAGGAAGCAUUCAGUGUCUCAGUAAGAAACCGUUUUGCUCGCCUUGACACAGACAAUGAUGGCCUUCUCUCGUAUGCAGAGAUGCUGAAGGAGCUCCAGAGCCUUAGGGUGUUGGAAACCCACUUCGGUAUUGAUGUAGAGCCAGACCCAGAUGAGCUUGCUCAGGUGUAUGAAUCCUUGUUCGUACAAUUCGAUCACAACUUGAAUGGCACGAUUGAUCUGGAUGAAUUCAAGAAGGAAACCAGGCAGAUUAUGCUUGCCAUGGCUGAUGGAUUGGGUUUCGUGCCAGUUCAGAUGGUCCUGGAAGAAGACAGCAUCCUCAAAACAGCUGUUGAAAGGGAGUCCAAUAAACUAGCUGCUUGA